GUUUUGGUUUCCUUGUGUCGACUCAUAUUCCGAACUUUGCACCUGGAAACUAGAGUAUACAGUCGAUGCCACAAUGGUGGCUGUCUCAAAUGGAGAUCUGGUAGAAACAGUGUACACUCAUGACAUGAGAAAAAAGACCUUCCACUAUAUGCUGAUGAUUCCGACUGCAGCCUCUAAUAUUUCUUUGGCUAUAGGACCAUUUGAAAUUCUUGUGGACCCAUACAUGCACGAGGUGACACAUUUUUGUUUACCUCAGCUCCUCCCGCUGCUCAAACACACCACUUCGUAUCUCCAUGAAGUCUUUGAAUUCUACGAAGAGAUACUUACCUGUCGCUACCCGUAUUCCUGCUUCAAAACGGUUUUUGUAGAUGAGGCCUAUGUUGAAGUAGCUGCCUAUGCCUCUAUGAGCAUUUUUAGCACAAACCUUUUGCACAGCGCAAUGAUAAUAGAUGAGACCCCACUGACCAGGAGAUGUUUGGCUCAAGCCCUGGCCCAGCAGUUCUUUGGCUGUUUUAUAUCUAGAAUGUCUUGGUCCGAUGAGUGGGUAUUGAAGGGAAUCUCUGGCUAUAUUUAUGGUCUUUGGAUGAAGAAAACCUUUGGCGUAAAUGAGUAUCGGCACUGGAUCAAGGAGGAACUAGACAAGAUAGUGGCAUAUGAACUGAAGACUGGCGGAGUCUUACUGCAUCCAAUAUUUGGUGGAGGCAAAGAAAAAGACAACCCUUCAUCACAUCUGCAUUUUUCCAUAAAACACCCUCAUACUUUAUCAUGGGAAUACUACACGAUGUUCCAGUGUAAGGCCCACCUAGUCAUGAGGCUGAUAGAAAACAGGAUAAGCAUGGAAUUCAUGUUACAAGUUUUCAACAAACUGUUGAGUCUAGCCAGCACCGCCUCAUCCCAGAAGUUCCAGUCUCAUAUGUGGAGUCAGAUGCUGGUUUCCACAUCUGGGUUUUUGAAAUCCAUCUCCAACGUCUCUGGCAAAGACAUCCAGCCAUUAAUAAAGCAGUGGGUAGAUCAGAGUAGCGUGGUAAAGUUUUAUGGAAGUUUUGCGUUUAACAGGAAACGAAAUGUGCUGGAAUUAGAAAUAAAGCAGGACUAUACAUCGCCUGGGACUCAGAAAUAUGUGGGCCCUCUGAAAGUGACGGUGCAAGAGCUCGACGGAUCUUUCAACCAUACUCUGCAAAUAGAAGAAAACAGCCUUAAGCAUGACAUACCUUGCCACUCAAAGAGCAGACGGAAUAAGAAGAAAAAGAUUCCGCUAAUGAAUGGAGAGGAAGUAGACAUGGAUCUUUCUGCCAUGGAUGCUGACUCCCCUUUGCUCUGGAUAAGGAUAGACCCAGACAUGUCUGUAUUAAGGAAGGUAGAAUUUGAACAGGCUGACUUCAUGUGGCAGUACCAGCUCCGGUACGAGAGAGACGUGGUCGCCCAGGAGGAAUCCAUUUUGGCCCUUCAGAAGUUCCCCACUCCGGCAUCCCGGCUCGCGCUGACCGAUAUCCUUGAACAAGAGCAGUGUUUCUACCGAGUGAGAAUAAUGGCAUGCUUCUGUCUCGCAAAGAUUGCAAAUUUUAUGGUGAGCACAUGGACAGGACCGCCAGCCAUGAAGUCUCUCUUCACCCGCAUGUUCUGCUGUAAAAGUUGUCCCAACAUUGUGAAAACCAACAACUUCAUGAACUUUCAGAGUUACUUUCUGCAAAAGACAAUGCCCGUUGCAAUGGCCUUGCUGAGAGAUGUUCAUAAUCUGUGUCCCAAAGAGGUUUUAACGUUCAUUUUAGACCUAAUCAAGUACAACGACAAUAGAAAAAACAAGUUUUCAGACAACUAUUACCGAGCGGAACUGAUAGAUGCGCUGGCAAACUCUGUGACCCCCGCUGUCAGUGUGAACAACGAAGCCCGGACACUGGAUAAUUUAAACCCUGAUGUUCGCCUCAUUCUUGAAGAAAUUACUCGGUUCUUAAACAUGGAGAAGCUACUCCCCAGUUACAGGCACGCCAUUACAGUCAGCUGCCUGAAUGCCAUUCGCAUACUGCAGAAGAACGGGCACGUCCCAAGCGAUCCUGCUGUCUUUAAGUCAUAUGCAGAAUACGGGCACUUUGUGGAUAUCCGAAUAGCAGCCUUGGAGGCAGUUGUCGACUAUACAAAAGUUGACAGAAGCUAUGAGGAAUUACAGUGGCUGCUGAAUAUGGUUCAGAAUGAUCCUGUGCCCUACGUAAGACACAAGAUCUUGAACAUGUUGACCAAGAAUCCGCCGUUUACCAAGAACAUGGAAUCUCCUUUGUGCAAUGAAGCGCUAGUGGAUCAACUCUGGAAACUUAUGAAUUCAGGUACAUCCCACGACUGGCGGCUGCGGUGUGGUGCUGUUGACCUGUACUACACGCUGUUCGGUCUCAGCAGGCCUUCCUGUUUGCCGCUUCCAGAACUUGGGUUGGUCCUUAACCUAAAAGAAAAGAAAGCUGUGCUGAACCCCACCAUCAUUCCUGAGACGGGGUCAAGUGGCCCGGAAAUGGCUAGCAACCCAAACAAUCUGGGACAGCUCAUUGGCUUCCAGAGCACCGAGCAUGAUCAUCUUGUUAAAGAAAUGGUAGCCAUGCCUCCUGCUUACCAGCAAGGGCUGAAGAGGAAAGCUGACACGCCCCUGGGGUCGCCUCUGGAACCAGGCCAGAUCCUGGAGAAGAUCGAAGACAGUAAAGUCAAACUCAAGAUAAGGUUCUCAAACUCUCAAGAGGAGGAAGAGAUUGAUAUGGACACUGUUCAUGACAGUCAGGCUUUUAUCUACCAUCAUUUGAACAUGCUGGAAAGACCGUCAACACCAGGUAAAGAACAGUCUUCGCUGGACUUGAACACGUUGCCCAAUCCCGCGCCUCCGCUGCCCAGUUUCCCAAAAGAGUCCAGCUCCUCCAAGCACAGCGAGCACCAUCACCACCAUCAUCACGAGCACAAGAAGAAGAAGAAGAAGCACAAACACAAGCAUAAGCACAAGCACAAACACGACAGCAAGGAGAAGGAGAAGGAGCCCUUCACCUUCUCCAACAGCCCAGCCAGCGGGCGCUCGGUCCGCUCUCCCUCCCUGUCAGACUGAAGCGAGCCACUCUCGCGCCGCCACGGCUCUUUCGGAAGGCCCCCAGGUCGGUCCAGGCUUCCUAAGAGCGUUGCCAAAAUGAAUUGUGUUUUUAAAACCUUUGAUGACUGCCGCAAAGGCAAAGCGUGUUUUAAACAGAAGCCAGCUGCUGGAGCCUCUGGAAAAGUUGCGGUUCCGUGUUGUAUAACGUCAUGUUGGCCUCCCGAGAAAACAAAGGCCCCUGACUGAUCUCUUUUCAACAUGUCGUUUAACCGUCGCCGUUGUCCCACCGUGUUCUAAUUUUUUUUUAAAUGUUUGCACAGUUGAAGUUGAAAACUUCUUAUUUUUAGGAUGUUGACUUAAAAAAAAUUAUGCACAUGACCCACGCGACUCGGACUUGCAUUUGGCAAUCACUUCCACAACUUUUUUUUUUUUGGUGGCAGGAAAAAAAAAUGCAGCUGUUUUGCUGUGUCCUGUAAUCAGCCUCGUAAUUAUAUAAUUAAGUUUGGGCAGAAACAAGCCCUUGCAGAAUUG